AUGUUCGGACUUGAGCCCCCCCAGAAACGCCAACGACUUGAUCCCACCCCGCACGCCUCCCCUGAACCCGAGCACACAGGGCAGCCAACGCAACCACCAGCAGACAACAAGUCAACCCCAACCGUAAAAGCCUGGAAUCAAUCCCAGAAUCCUCCCCCAUCAGGAUAUCAAGGGCCUAGUCACCCUUCUCCCAGACCAGCGGGAGCAGGAGAACCCCUCUACUCCCCCCCAAACAGCCGGUACCAGGAUGGCUUCUCGCAGGACCCUGGCUUUCUAGCAUCACAGGAAGAGCUUCGCAGCAUCCUGUUUACAUUUGCGAACUCAGCAGCGCCAACUAGAGCAAGUAGCCCCGAAGCCGACAGGCGGGAUCUCGCAGAUACUGGCUCUGCUUCACGCGGCUAUCAUUCUGCUCAACGAGGGAGUGUUCCGCCACCACCAUCAUCAGCGCGUACAUCGCCUCUAUCGAGUCGACGAAGGAUCGAGUAUUUGAAAAACUACGUCGCGGAGAUUGCACCCUGGCUUGACAUGUUUGACUCGCGUUACACGUUUCGCCAGCAACUUCCCGCCUUAGCACACUCCUUUCCUGCCCUUUCGUAUGCAAUCCUCGCCAUCUCGGCGCGGCAGAUGGAGCGCAAAAGCGGCACUCAAGACUGGUGCGAUAGUCUAGAACUGUACCAGGAGGCAACCAGGCUCUUGAGUCCGCUUCUUCAAGUUUGUGAUCCCAAGAUCGUUGCCGCGUGUGUCUUGCUCUGCUGUUUGGAGAUGAUGUCGGCCCGUGCCCAGGACUGGCACCGCCAUUUGGAAGGCUGUGCCGCGCUGUUUGAUGCCUUUGGGAUCCACGGAUUCAGUCAAGGUCUGUUACAGGCUGUGUUCUGGUGCUACGCUAGGAUGGAUCUAUGUGGUGCCCUUAUCUCAGACGGAACUCGAACCACGCUCCUACAUCCGUCGAAAUGGCUUCCUGCAGAGUGUCAGGAAGAAGACGCCUACCGACUCUUCAAAGAAGCCAGGUCUCCCGAUAUGCAUGCAAAUUACGCAGUAUAUCUAUGCAUGAAAACUACAGAGCUAGGGGCAAAUCGAACAAAAUUCGUGGAGCUCGGAGAGGAGAACGGAUGCACAACCGAUGUAUUCUCCUCCCGCUGGACUCAGCUUUGGAACGAUCUUCAGACUUGGCUAGCGGAGCGACCCAGCGAGCUGCUUCCAGUCCAGACUCUCCCCCGCAAGCCCUUCCCACAAAUCCUCUUUGUACACUGGGCUGCCAUCUCCUCGAACCAGUUGUACCAUACAGCUUGCAUCCUACUACUCAAAAUGAUGCCCAAGAGCCUUCGAUUAACUCGGUCGCACAAUUUGUCAUUACUAUGGCAUGCGCGCCGAAUCUGUGGCAUUUCACUCAGCAAUAAGCAUCAUGGAUGCCUUAACAACGCCAUUCAGCCGCUCUGGAUUGCAGGUCGGCUUUUCAGCCAUGCCUCGGAGCACGAGCAGAUCAUCAAGAUCAUCCGUGAUGUGGAAGCAGAAACUGGAUGGGGCGCGUGCUGGAGGAUUCGUGAUUUAGAGCUCGCCUGGGGUUAUAAUCCUCGUCGAGAUACGGCAAAUUUCCCCAGCCAGCAGUUUUCUGCGCCAAUUGAUCAAGAGAUAGUUGCGAGUUGA